UUCCUAAAGCACGGUGUGAGACAGCACCGUGAGCCUGGAGAGGCGUCCCCGGCACAGACAGUACAGCCUCGAUUAACCAGAAGCCAGCUCCCAGGACCCCUCUACUCUGUGGUCCAUGUUUGAAGGGAGGAGCGGCCACCGUCCCCCUCAGAGAAGGCCAGAGGUUCCAACAAUGUGGACACGUCCAGGGACUGUGUGACACUAGUCAUCGCUCCUGCAGAGAGGCCGGGAGGCGGCAAUAUCACUAGCGCGAACGGGGGAUCAAAGGAGGAACUGUGGCUCCUGGUGGCUCGGGAUCAGUGGAACGGGACAGGCAAGUGAGGGAGCAGAGGAAAGGGGGAGGAGAGGCAAGGAGUCUGCCAGGACCCCCGCCGCGUGUGUCUGCCCCAGCUCCUGGGGACAAGCCCCCCCGCCCAUGGCCUCCAAGCAGGCUGCCGGGCGGAGCCCAGGGGAGAAGCGCAAGAGGGUGGUGCUGACCUUGAAGGAGAAGAUCGACAUCUGCACGCGCCUGGAGAAGGGGGAGAGCAGGAAGGUGCUGAUGCAGGAGUACAACGUGGGCAUGUCCACCCUGUACGACAUCAAGGCCCACAAGGCGCAGCUGCUCCGCUUCUUCGCCAACUCGGACUCCAACAAGGCCCUGGAGCAGCGGCGCACCCUGCACACGCCCAAGCUCGAGCACCUGGACCGCGUCCUGUACGAGUGGUUCCUGGGGAAGCGGGCCGAGGGCGUGCCCGUCUCAGGCCCCAUGCUCAUCGAGAAGGCCAAGGACUUCUAUGAACAGAUGCAGUUAACAGAGCCCUGCGUGUUUUCUGGUGGGUGGCUCUGGCGUUUUAAGGCCAGACACGGCAUUAAGAAGCUGGAUGCGUCCAGCGAGAAACAGGUGGCCGACCACCGAGCAGCAGAGCAGUUCUGUGGAUUUUUCCAGAGCCUCACGGCCGAGCACGGCCUGUCCCCCGAGCAGGUUUACAACGCCGACGAGACCGGCCUCUUCUGGCGGCGCCUGCCAGAUCCCAGCCUGGAAGGUGGGCCCGUGCCCGGCAUAAAGCAGAGCAAGGACAGGCUGACCGUCCUCAUGUGCGCCAACGCCACCGGCUCCCACAAGAUCAAGCCCUUGGUGAUCGGGAAAGGCGGCGGCGCCCGGGCCUUCGGGGGCAUUCAGCACCUGCCCGUCGCCUACAAGGCCCAGGGUAACGCGUGGGUGGACAAGGAGAUUUUUUCGGACUGGUUCCAUCAUAUCUUCGUUCCGUCGGUGAAGGAGCACUUCCGAGCGGCGGGUCUGCCCGAGGACGGCAAAGCCAUUCUGUUGCUCGACAACGCCCGUGCCCGCCCGCGGGAGUCCGAGUUGGCCUCCGGGAACAUCUUCACUAUCUUCCUGCCCGCCAGCGUCACCUCGUUGAUUCAGCCCAUGGACCAGGGCAUCCGGAGAGAUUUCAUGAGGCACUUCAUCAGCCCCCCCGUCCCGCUGCAGGCCUGCCACCCCCGCUACAGCAUGAACGACGCCGUCUUCAAUGUGGCCUGCGCCUGGAGCGCUGUGCCCGGUGACGUCUUCAGCCGGGCCUGGAGGAAGCUGUGGCCCACGGUCAUGUUCGGUGAGGGCUCGUCUUCCGAGGAAGAGCCGGAGCGCCUCCGGGCGAAGCCUCACCAUCAGACUUUCGCGCACAUUCUGGAGCUGGGGAGAGAGGCCCCAGCCCACCCUGGCAGCCGGCUUCCCCAGGGCCUGGCCGCUGAGAGGGGCGGGCUGGGAUGUGCAGGCAGGGAGGCCCCGGCCCCGGCUCCGGCUGCGGGGAGCCCGGAGCAGGCCGAGAAGGAUGGCGACGAGGCGGCCUGGGAGCAGGCGGCCUUGUCCUUUGAUGCCUUGAUCCGCUUCUCCGAGGGACAGCCGUGCUUCACAGCGCAGGAAGUGGGGCAGCUGCAUGCCCUACGCUCCGUGUUCACGAGGCAGAGGCAGGUGAAACGGCGGCGUGUGGCCCUCAGAGCCGUGGUCAAACUCGAGGGCUCCCAGGAGGCCUCCCCUCCGCCUUGCUCCUCUACGGUGGGCGAGCACUGACGUCAGCGUGGCCCUCGCUUGCGGGCCAGGGCCGGUCCAGGAGGUCGGGGCACCCGGCGUGGGCUCUCGGCCCUCGGGACGGCCCAUCCCCGUGCGUCCGGUUCAUCGCAGGCUUACCGUGUUUUCUGUCCUGCCACGUGAACGUGAGCAGCCGCUCCGGAAGGGUCCCCCACACCUGAAGCCGACUGGAGUGUCCCAUGGCCAGAAGCCAGGACCGUGCCGGGCAGAUUCUGGCCUCAUGUUCACCAGCUGAGCCCUGCUGUGUGUGUGGGUGGAGAAGUCUGUCCAUCCAGGAGGAGGAAAACCGGCUGUCGGGCCAUCGGAUGGCAGUACCUGUGGCCACCUGCCGUGGCUAGCGUUUCCCCGGUCUACCUGCCCUCCCCUUGGGGCUCGGUCUGUGGCGUGGCGGCUGUCCCCGUGUCAGAUGGGCGCCCCUGCUCAAGGCUUUAUAUGUGGUGGGUCACUGUUUGAGCCACGAACUCACUCAGCUGCGCCAGCCUCCUGAAAGUUCCUCCCUGUUGCCAGGAGGUCUCACCCCUUGGGCUGGGACCCAGCAUGUGGGGGCCGCACACGGAGUUGGCACAAGCAGGACUGUCCGCCCGGGCCUCUUGUUGCCCCGAGGGGGACCAUGGUGCACUGUGGGCAUGUCUAGUGCCCUGGUCCCUAGUCUACUCUGUAGUGCGAUGCCCCACGUUCCGCAGUUCGCACUCACGCCUGCACGUUACUGGAUUUUCCUGAGACGUUCAGAAAUGAAUCUUAGGCGCGCACGUGCGACCUGGCGUAUAACAAGCUGUCUCCGUUUCCAGCCGUGUUUGAACUUCUGUGUUCGGUUGUUCACGCCGCAGUACCCCGCGCGGGGACGGGCCGGCUGCACGGCUUGCUUGUGGGAAGACUUGGUGGCGCCUCUAGUGGCUCCCGCCGCCUGUAGCCAUGACUGGCCCGGAGCCAUGCCUGCCAGCGGCCGGAAACACCACAUGCACCCUCCUUGGCGCACGUCGGGGGCUGUGACAUUGUAUUUUCUUUCACCGCUGCGCCCUCGGGUUCCGGCCUGGCCGCCCAGCCGGCUGGUGGAUUUUGUUCCCCUGCCUGCUGGGGCGCCCGCCCGCAGUCGAGGGGACGCAGCGCGUGCUUCAUGGCCUGUUCCUCUGCCGUGUGCGUCUUCCCAAGCGCAAGGCGACGGUCGUUGCCAUGGUGCCACCCUGUGGACGUGCAUACUUCCUGCUCCAAAUGCGCGUGUGAAGAUCAGGAACCAAGCGAGGCCGUUGUCAGAGUGUCACUGUGGAGUCUUUGGGCUGGAUUGCCUCGGGGCUGCGCUGCCGUCGCUCCCUUUCCUUCCUGCGCCUGGGUGACAUCCGUGCACCUGUGCUCGGCUGCCACGGCGGACUCGUGUAGCCCCGUGCUGUUGAAUUGCAGCUGCUUGUGGUGUCGUGGGACGUGAGGUGUUGGGGGUCCCCGGCACGCCUGCCCUCACCGCGGUCGUGGAGGUCCGGAGAAGCGGAUGGACACCGAGCAGCCGUCCCCGGCAGCCUGGCGUGCUUCUCGAGCAGCAGGACUUUGCUGGCUGCGUGCAGCGGGGGAGGGCAGGACACGUGGGGCUCCUGGGUCCUCCGUGGAGGCUUUGUCCCAUCAGACCGUAGACCCCAGGCCAUGGAUUCGCGACCUGCCCCGUCCUGGCCGAUCUGUGGCCAAUCAAUAAAUGCUUGUCACCG